AGCCGGGAAUGUAUGAUGUGCUCCAUAACGGAAUGCCGUUCAGAGUUUCCGGAACAACCUCCGGCACCCGCAUGGUGCUCGGAAGGAUCGGCAAGGGAUGGUAGUUCGGCUAGAAGCAUUCUAUUUCUCUUCGAAAAUGCUGGAGUUGCCUUGAAUGUUUCAUCAUCUGACAUUGUUCGUACCUGUGGAAAAAGAAAUGCAACACGCACUUCUUCGCUGUCACAUCAACACGCGUUGACGGCGGAAAACUUCCGGGCCCUGUGCACCGGAGAGCGGGGCCAUUCGACCACGACCGGGGCCCGGUUGCACUAUCGGGGCAGCAAGUUCCACAAGGUUAAAUCGCUGUUUAUGUCCCAGGGAGGGGACAUCGUCAACUACAACGGUUCCGGCGGGGAAAGCAUCUAUGGGCGAUUCUUCGAGGAUGAGAAUUUUUCCCUUUUGCAUGAAGAUGGAGCAGUAAGCAUGGCCAAUUUGGGCAGACCAAAUACAAAUCAGUCUCAGUUUUUCAUUACCUCCGGGGAGUGUCCCCAUCUGAACGGUACCAAUGUGGUCGUCGGCUACGUUAUUCGCGGAAUCGGAGUUAUCGGAGAAAUGGAACGUUUUGCCAGCGAAGAGGGCGAGCCAACUAGGGAGAUUGUGAUUGCAGACUGCGGCCAGUUGAUGCCCGGACAAGAUUGGGGUUUGAACGAUAACGAUGGGACUGGAGAUUGUUUACCGUUAUUUCCGAAGGACUGGGAGAAAUUUGAGGCGGACUUUGAUGUAACGGAAAUGCUCUCUCGCUUGGAAAUGAUUAAAGCGGCAGGAAAUCAAUACUUCGCUCAACGGAAUUGGGUCGAAGCCUGCCGACGGUAUCGAAAAGCCGAACGAUACUUUAACUUUUUCAACAACAAAAUUCGUCGCUAUGAAGAUCGCACUCUUCUGGAGCAGUUUCAGCUGACCAAUUGCCUGAAUCAGGCGGCCGUUUUUCUCAAGUUGAACGACUCCACGGCUGUGCUAUUUGCCUGCAACGCUGCCUUGGCCCUGGAUCCGGAUAAUGUGAAGGCAUUGUUUCGACGCGGUCAGGCCCACAAUCGUCUGCAGAACUACGAGCUGGCCAUUGAUGAUUUACGCCGGGUCCAAGCAAAGGCUCCAACCGAUAGGCUCGUCCAAGCUGAGCUCGACAAAGCCAAGACCGAUUUAGGAUGUUACCGGGCUCAGCAGCGGAUUGCUCUCACUAAUUUGUUCAAAUAAUCCACCCGUGACCCGUGAUUUAUUCAACUUUUUCCCCAAAGUAUAAGUAAUUAGACAUAUUAUGUCUAAAUGUGUUGUGCAGUCAUUGUUUAAGCAUCACUAUCCGCCGACCGGUUUGGCAGUGAUGCAGCAGCAGGCUGCAGUUCGUAAGUGCUGCAGCGAUGGAACAUACGGAAGCUGUUCCUGCAAACAUCCGCGGAAUGUUUGUUUUUUUUUUUUAAAUUAAUCAUUUUAGAGGAAUAAUAAACUACAGGUAUGUGAAAUAAAAUGAAUAAGAGUACAUUAAA